UAUAUUCGCAGGCUAUACUCCACACUGCUUCCAGCGGAAUCGUCAAAAAAAUAACAUUAAAAUCGCCGUGUGCAUAAUUAGAAUAUUUCCGAAUAGUAAUCGCCCGUGAAAUCGCUAAUUAGCGGUCAGCACUUGCGCCAGUUAAAGAAAUCGCGGCACCGGCAGUGGGCCAAAAGAACAUUUUUUCCGGCUGAAAAAAACAGGCGGCGGCGUCGACACGCGGACCGAACCAAAGGAUCCGAAGCCAUCCGAUCAGAUCUAAUCCGAUCCGGAGAAAAUUCCAGGACACUAAGGACUUCCGAAACUACCCCGCACAAGAGAUGGACGUGUACGACGUGAGCGAUGAUCUGAUAAAGAAGCUGCAGGACUGGAAACUAAUCGGCAUCAUAUCCGGCAAGUUCAACGAGCUGAAGGAGAACCAUCGCAAGGUUGACUUCGUGAUGCGCGCUCUUAUUGACUUCAAGUACAUUGAAAAGAUAUUCCUGAAUGUAACGCUUCGAGAGGACAAGUGCAACAAGCGGAGCGUGGAGUUCCGUAUGCUGGGCAACGAGCAGUUUUCGCUCAAGAACAGGAAUUACUUCCAGGCUCUAGAGCUGUACAACAAAAGCAUCUGUUAUGCCGAACCGAAUUCGGAGCACCUGUCCAUCGGCUAUGCUAAUCGGUCGGCGGUACUAUUCGAGUGGAAGCGCUAUCGGCAAUGCCUGGACAAUAUCAAGCUGGCAAGGCAGGCCAACUAUCCGGCGAGACUGAGCCACAAACUAGACAAGCGAGAAAGGGACUGCCAACAGCUACUCGAUCAGCAACCGCCGGAUGUGGUGCCCUAUGAGUUCAAGCUCAGUUUCGAACCGCAUGCCCAGGUGCCCUUCAUCGCCGACUGUUUGGAGUUGCGCGAAACCGCCGCCGAGGGUCGCUUUGUGGUGACCAAUCGGGAUUUGGCCGUUGGGGAUCUUGUGUCCGUGGAGGAGCCCUUCUGCUCCACACUGCUGACGCCGAUGCGAUACAUUCGGUGUGCCACCUGCAAGCGGGAGAACUAUCUGACCCUCAUACCCUGCGACAGCUGCUGUUCCACGAUGUUCUGCUCCGAGGAGUGCAAGUCGAUUGCCAUGCAAACCUAUCACCGCUACGAGUGCCCCAUCAUUGACUUUCUGAACCGCAUGUUCAACAAGAUCCACUGUAUCGCACUGCGCACCACACUGGUCGCGCUGAAUAUCUUUCCCAGCAUCGAGGAGCUAAUUGACUUCUGUGAGCAGGAGCAGAACCAGGACAAGUGCGCCUUUGACCUCAACUACAACGAGCUGACGCCGGAGGAGCACUACCGGGCCAUCCAUGGACUGGUGACAAACCAGCACCUGCGCUCCGUCUCCGAUCUCUUCCAGCGCUCCGUGGUCUGUGCUGUGCUCAAGCACUUCAUAAUCGAAUACACACCCGUCAAGGAAUAUUUGGGCGGCGAAGAAGGCGUGAACUUCUUCACGGACCUCCUGUUCCGACAUCUGCAGACAUCUCCCUCGAAUAUGCACGGCAUCGACCUGGUCGAGCAGGUUAACGAGACCAAGGACGACCAGACGCACUCGUCUGGGGCGUACGCCUUCCUCUCGCUCAUAAAUCACUCUUGUGCGCCGAAUACUGUAAGGAUAUACGAGGGCACCAAGGCGUACAUGUUCGUCCUGCGGCCUAUUAAGGCGGGAAAUGUGCUCUACGACAAUUACGGUGCUCACUUCGCCAUCUGCAGCAAGGAGCAGCGUUUGAAAAGGCUGUCCCUGCAGUACCGCUUCGACUGCAAAUGCGAGGGCUGCGAGCUGAACUAUCCUAUGUUCGGAAUGAUGCCGCACAAGGCGACGGUGCCAUCGGUUACCGAUGACACGGAAUUGGCACUGAGCUCCUACAACUAUGAUUUCGCGGUGAGCAACUAUCGAAAGUACUGCGACUUCCUCACGCAAUACGGUGACGACUAUCCGUGCGAGCAGAUUAGCUCCGCGGAGGAGUGCCUAAAGAUGGCCCUGCAUAUCAUGGCGGACGCAGUGCCGCUCAAGGCGAAGAUGUAAUCGGAUCCUGCCGCUGAACCAACCCACACAACCAACACGGACGAACUUUUCCUUUGCUAACUUUAACUGGAGACAGCGUAUUACAAGCGAGACACAAAUCAAGGAGAGUAAUUGAUUAUACAUACAUGUUGUUGCCAUAAGUCUGUAGCGCAGGCAGCAGCGCGAUGGGGAGGGAGCAUGCCCUUAACUUUUAUAUUUGUAAUUGUACAUUUUCGACCUUUGAUUAUGUUUUACCCCGCACCAAGCCCGCACACCACACCCACACAACGCCCAGCACACCCACACAACGCCCAGCACACCCACACAACGCCCAGCACACCCACCACACAUUUCACAACAAUUCGAAAGUUCAAAAUUCUAAAGUUUAUUUAUUUUUUGAUCACAACAAUGUCUUCGAUGAAAACAAACAAACAAAGGAUUAUUAUGCAACCU